AUGCCUGAUCGUGUUCAACCACAAACAUCCAAUCAAAAUCUUCGAGCCACUACAACACCGAAACGUAUUGUUUCUGCUUCGACUGAUCACAAGCAAAACGAAUUUGAUGACAAUCUUAAAACACUUGCUACAAGAAUGGGAAAUCUUGACGAUACAGUUACAUCAUUACACAGUAGAGUUGUUCAACUCGACAGUAAAGUUGAUAAACAACGACAAGAUCUCGAACAAAUGAUUAAUGACACAUUUCAAGAUAUGACAACAGGACUAGAACCAAAUCGAUGUUCUGUAUGCGAUAAAACUGCGGCCAAAUGUAACUGUGCGGGAUGUAAGUCAUACUUUUGUGUCAAACAUUUUAAUGAACAUCGUCAGCAACUAUCAAUAAAGUUUGAUGUUGAUGUAAUGAAAGUUCAGGACAACUUACUCAAACAAAUCAAUAAAGUCAAUCAACCGAUGACUCCUUCAACUGAACUUUUAUCCCAAAUUGAUCAAUGGGAGAAUGACACAAUCAAGAAUGUACAUAAGGCGGCUGAAAAAAUUCGUUAUCAACUUACCGAACUACUUAAUCAAGAUAGAAAUCAAUUAAUAAAUAAAUUUGAAAUAUUAACAAAAGAAAUAACAACUCUCAAAGAAGAUGAUGAUUUUGCUGAAGAUGAUAUUGAAAGAUUUCGAAUGACUAUUAAUCAAAUACAAUUAUCCUUAGAACAACUUAAUUUACCGGAGAAAAGCAAAUUUAUUAUAGUAGAAAAUAAUGAAAUCGAUUGGAAUCAUUUAAUUAGUGUUGAAGAAAAACAAAAAUUAUUACCACUCUAUUCAAUGAAUAUAAAUGCUAAUGCUAGAUGGAUAUCAAAUGGUCAUACUGUAGCUGGUGGAAAUGGAGCCGGCAAUUCAAUAAAUCAACUCGGGCGACCAUCUGGUUUGUGUAUUGAUUAUGAUCAAUCUGUUUAUGUUGCUGAUUUUGAUAAUCAUCGUAUUAUUAAAUGGAAAAAUGGUGCUACGAAAGGUGAGGUGGUAGCCGGUGGAAAUGCUGAAGGAUAUCGAACUGACCAGUUAUAUUCACCAACUGAUCUGAUCAUUGAUGAUGAAAGAGAUAGUAUCAUUGUUUGUGACUAUAAUAAUUUACGAGUAGUUCGAUGGCCACGUCGAAAUGGUAAACAAGGAGAAGUAAUUGUUUCGAACGUUCGCUGCGUCGGAUUGAUCACGGACAACAAUGGAUCUCUCUACAUCGCUGAUAAUAAAAAACAUGAAGUAUUACAAUAUCGAGCAGGCGAACGUUGUGGAACAGUCGUUGCAGGUGGCAAUGGAUGUGGAAAUCGACUUGAUCAAUUGCAAUGUCCUCGAUGGUUAUUCGUCGAUCAAGAUCAUUCAGUAUACAUAUCAGACAAUGAAAAUCAUCGUGUAAUGAAGUGGAUAGAAGGUGCAAAAGAAGGCAUUAUCGUAGCUGGUGGUCACGGUCUCGGAAAUGGUCUUGCACAAUUAUCUCAUCCGUGUGGAAUCGUUGUUGAUCAAUCAGGCACUCUCUAUGUGGCAGAUACUUGGAAUAAUCGAAUAAUGCGUUGGUUAAAAGGAGCCACAGAAGGAAGUAUCGUGAUUGGUGGAAAUGGUCGAGGAGAACAACCGAAUCAACUUAAUCAACCAACAGGUUUAUCAUUCGAUCGACAAGGUAAUUUCUAUGUCGUCGAUCAAUGCAAUCAUCGAGUACAAAGAUUCAAUAUAGAUCCAAGUUCGUGUUCUUAA